ACCGGCCCGGUGCGCGGUGAUCGAUCGCGGCCUGCGUCAGAAUGCUCCCCGCGUAUAAAUAGAGGCGGCAGGACGGCGCCGAGCCGCACACAGCCAUCCAUCCUCCCUCCUCCUCUCCCUCUCUCCCCUGCUCUUCCUUCUCUCCAGGCCCCUGCAGCCAGAGGGACGCCGAUCGCCACCAUGAGUUCCUUCAGCUACGAGCCGUACUACUCGACCACCUACAAGCGGCGCUACGUGGAGUCGCCCCGGGUGCACAUCUCCAGCGUGCGCAGCGGCUACAGCACCGCGCGCUCCGCGUACUCCAGCUACUCGGCGCCGGUCUCCUCCUCCCUGUCGGUGCGCCGCAGCUACUCGUCCAGCUCCGGCUCUCUGAUGCCCAGCCUGGAAAACCUCGACCUGAGCCAGGUAGCGGCCAUCAGCAACGACCUGAAGUCGAUCCGCACGCAGGAGAAGGCGCAGCUGCAAGACCUCAACGACCGCUUCGCCUGCUUCAUCGAGCGCGUGCACGAGCUGGAGCAGCAGAACAAGGUCUUGGAAGCGGAGCUGCUGGUGCUGCGCCAGAAGCACUCGGAACCGUCCCGCUUCCGGGCGCUGUACGAGCAGGAGAUCCGCGACCUGCGCCUGGCGGCCGAAGACGCCACCAACGAGAAGCAGGCGCUGCAGGGCGAGCGCGAGGGGCUGGAGGAGACCCUGCGGAACCUGCAGGCGCGCUACGAAGAGGAGGUGCUGAGCCGCGAGGACGCCGAGGGCCGGCUGAUGGAGGCGCGCAAAGGGGCCGACGAGGCCGCGCUCGCCCGCGCCGAGCUCGAGAAGCGCAUCGACAGCCUGAUGGACGAGAUCGCCUUCCUGAAGAAAGUGCACGAAGAGGAGAUCGCCGAGCUGCAGGCGCAGAUCCAGUACGCGCAGAUCUCCGUGGAGAUGGAUGUCUCCUCCAAGCCCGACCUCUCGGCCGCGCUCAAGGACAUCCGCGCCCAGUACGAGAAACUAGCGGCCAAGAACAUGCAGAACGCCGAAGAGUGGUUCAAGAGCCGCUUCACGGUGCUCACCGAGAGCGCUGCCAAGAACACGGACGCGGUGCGCGCCGCCAAGGACGAGGUGUCCGAGAGCCGCCGCCUGCUCAAGGCCAAAACCCUGGAGAUCGAAGCCUGCCGGGGCAUGAACGAAGCGCUGGAGAAGCAGUUGCAGGAACUGGAGGACAAACAGAAUGCUGACAUUAGUGCCAUGCAGGACACAAUCAACAAAUUAGAAAAUGAAUUGAGGACCACAAAGAGUGAAAUGGCCCGGUACCUAAAAGAAUACCAAGACCUUCUCAAUGUGAAGAUGGCGUUGGAUAUUGAGAUUGCAGCUUACAGGAAACUCUUGGAAGGUGAAGAGACACGACUAAGUUUCACCAGCGUGGGAAGCAUAACUAGCGGCUACUCUCAGAGCUCCCAGGUCUUUGGCAGGUCUGCCUUUAGUGGCUUGCAAACCAGCUCCUACCUGAUGUCCACCCGCUCCUUCCCAUCCUACUACACCAGCCAUGUUCAGGAGGAACAGAUUGAGGUGGAGGAGACUAUCGAAGCCACGAAAGCUGAGGAAGCCAAAGAUGAACCCCCUUCUGAAGGAGAAGCUGAAGAAGAGAAGGAGAAGGAAGAGGCUGAAGAGGAGGAAGGAGCAGAGGAGGAAGACGCUGCCAAGGAAGAAUCUGAAGAUGCAAAGGAGGAAGAAGAAGGAGGCGAAGGUGAAGAAGAAGAAACCAAAGAAGCUGAGGAAGAAGAAAAGAAAGAAGAAGGUGCUGGAGAGGAACAGGCAACGAAGAAGAAAGAUUGAGUCCCCUUUUCUUAACUCUUCCAAGAAUAAUUCUCCCCAAAUCCAGUCAACCCAUCACCAACCAACCAGUUGAGUUCCAGAUACUAUAUGAAUUAAGAAGUCAAUAUAUGUUUAUUUCUGAGAUGACUUAGAUUGGACAUUAAGUGUUGUGCUAUGACUUUUCUCCUUAUGCAGAGUACCUGUUUGCUUGCAGAGUGGCUUCCUGGCUUGCUGCCAGUAUGUGCAUGGUCCACGCUUAUGAGUUCAGGAUCUAUGGCAAUUUGAAUAAUUCAAAUGUUUACAAUAAAAAGGAUCACAUGAACAAAUGAGUUUGCUAAUGUUCCUGUUAAACACUAUGGAUAAAAUAGUCCUUUGAUUCUUUGGUGGUUAGAGAUUAAAGACCUCGAAUUAUGUGCAAUAAUAGUAAAUAAAGUUAUACUGAAUGACACGUCUUGCUGUGAUUGUUGACUUACUUAAAAUGUCCUAAGAAGGUACCAAUAUAAACCAUGUAUCAGUGGACUAUUGACCUCAGAAUUUUUUAAAUCAAAAAUUUUAUAGCAAUUUUUUAUACUGCACUUCUCUCAUGGUAAUUCCCAGGGCUAAAUUUAAGUCAUUAGCAUUCAUGAACUCUUUUUCCAAUCCCAAAUGUUCCUACUAACAAAUGAGUGAAGGAGAGUUUUUAGAGGUACCUUUUGUUUCAUAACUAGAAAAUAAUUUGCCCCAUAAAAUAUACUAGAUUGUGGAGGAAGAGUUUGUUGGAUGCAAUUCUGAAUUAUGUAAUAGAUAUAUCCUUGACAGUAAAUAGGUAAUCACAAUACAAAUAUGUAAUAGUAAAUGCAGUGUGGAUAAGAAUAUGAAAUCUACUCAUCCAUAAUUAUAAUGACAUUUUAAUGUUCUCUAAAUAUCAUUAGCAGAGGUUGAAACCCCAGCAAUGUUAUAAUCAGAGGGAACAUUUUUUUUAAAUCAGUGAAUAAUUUGGGAUAGAAAUAGUAAGAAUAGAAAUAGGCUUAUUUGCCAUUGGAAACACGUUGCCUGUAAUCCUGAGCUCAUGAUUGAGUGUGUGGUUAGCUUAAUUCUAUUGCCUCAAAUAAACAGCAGUUAAUGACAUCUGUUUUUAAACCUUUUAAAAACUACAGAUACAGAUAAUGAAAUUGUUAUCAGUCACUAACAGGGGGGAGAUUACCUAUUUGUAUGUUACAUUGCCAUUGCUCUGCAUGUCUUUAUGGAAAAUAUUUGGAUUUCACUGAUAAUUCUAACUGGUUGGACAUUGCAUCAACUACACACCCUGUCUGUCCUUCCUGUUCACUGUAAAGUUAUGAAAG